AUGUUUUUGGAUGCUAAGCUGGCUGCUAUUGGAUAUUCUUUUAUCUUAGAUAAAACUGCGACAUUUUAUGAGUAUAAUCUCUCACUCCAAGAACACAGUGAAGAAACUCAAGGCUUAUUGGCAGCUGGUGGUGGGGAGAAGAAUGGAAUAGAGGGAAUUGUAGUUGGGAUAGGAAUUGUGGGGAUUGAGGGCAUGCUUGGAAGUGGAGGCAAGGUCACCUUGGGGACAGCAGGCAUUGUCGGCAGGCUAGGAAUCGGAGGCACGGUGACUUUGGGGACAGCAGGCACUGCUGGCAUUGUCGGCAGGCUAGGAAGUGGACGCAAGCUGGGCUGUGGCAGAGUUGGUAUAGAAGGCAUUGGUGGCAAUGUUGGUUUAGGCAAAUUAGGAAAUUGCAGAAGAUUACGAGCAGCUUCACCACCCGAAAAUGACAAUGCAAUGAAGAGAGCCAAGAUAAAACAAUUGAAACUUGCCAUGUUGCUAAUGCUGCCAUCACCACCAGCAACAGUUAAUGUUAGCGACGAGCACAACAGCAGCUCCACCACACUAGCCCCGUCCAACAGCCCUAAAGCCGACCACCACAGCCCGAACGAUUUAGCAAGUGACAAGCGUCUGUCUUCCUAUUUAGACCUAAAUUUCUCUCUUUUUCCAUCUUUCUUGCCUACAAACUCCCUUUCUUUAAUACCAAACCUCCUAAUCCAGAUCAGAGACCUCUUAAUACGUCAUUUUCAAGCAGAAGAAUAG